CAAUAAUAAAACUCGAAUCUAAUUGUAAUAGAAGACUAAAUAUUAAUUGAUGUCUCCUGCGAUGGAUUUGUGAUGAACCGAAGAAUUCGAAAAAAACGCGUAAAGAAAAAAGUUUUAGUGUGUGUGUGUGUGAUUUGUGAAUGAGCGAGAGAGCGACUCCAGAGGUGGGUGAGUGGACUUAAGUCACAGGUACGCCGCUGAAUAAGUUGCCUCAAGUGUGCUCAGUCAUAUCGCGGUUGUGAAGAAGUGCAGAGCGACUCUCGUCUCUUCGAGUAGAAAUUUCGAAUUCUCGAAACACACACGCUCACUGAAAGGGAGGAAAAAUUGAAGACGAAACAAAGACAUUCAGAUAGGUAACUCGUGUGUUGUUGAAGAUUGUAGUACCGUCGAGGAUCGGAGAGAGUGUGACCAAUGGUGCCGCAAGUUAACCGAUAAUUAAUUCGUUCAACCAGAUCGCAACUACAAUUCGCAUGAUCGGGAGUGCUAGAAUGUUAGUGAGGUGAUGGCUUUGUUAAACUACAGUUUUCCGUAUCACGCGGCGGCGGCAGCGCCGCCGCCACCACAGCCCUAUGUGCCGCCAAGUGCAUACCAUUAUCCGCGUCCCCACACGCCCUUCACCGCCGAGGAUGCGGACAUGCCGCCACCUGCGACUCCGCACUACACCCAGGUGCGUGGCGGAGGAGGAUCCAAAGCCCAGGUGCACGCCGUCAUCGAUUACGAUUACUACGAGGACGGCGGCGGCGGCGGCCACCAGGUGGUCCAUCCAGGUGUUGGAGGACAUCCGCAGCAUCAGACGGGCGGCGGCGGUCUGCACCAUCAGCCCGCCGUCACACCCAUCCAGGGACCCAUCUAUCUCAAGAACGGAACCGUACCCGUCGUGCCGCUCUACUCCUAUCCCCAGAUCAACAACGGAAGCUUCGUUCAGAUACCGAUCCUCUGGACGGCCCUUUCGGUGGCGCUAGGUCUGGAGAUUCGUGGAGAGUUCAUCCGAGGAGUGCCAUGCAUCAAGAGAUACCAGCAGCUCUUCUGUCCCACAGCGGGGAACACCUAUCCACUUGAGAGAAUAGAGACGUUCAUAGAUGAUAACAAAGCUCUGAUGAAGCGGAUGUACGGAGAGUUCAUCAUGGGACCGGAUUACGACACGGAGCCGACGCGGAAGCCGAAGAGAGCGCCGCCGCCCGGGGUGCCGGAUCUUCACGCGCCCCCCGGUCCCGAGUCGAUGUUCGCGAAGGUCCGCGUGACGAGGCAGAGUUUCCGCAACAACCAGAGCUCGGAAACCGGAAGAGUCGACGCAUGCCAAAGCAAAGUGGAGAUCGUGACUCCUUACUGGGCGUCCAACUCUGCUGGGAAAAUCCGAGCCAUCGUCAACACCCAGCACUUCGAGCAGGCCAUUCACCAGGAAGUCUGCGCUAAGAAAGAGACUGGUCGUUGUUCCGGCGAGUGCGGUUGCGAGCAAAAGUACAAAUGGCAUCGUCUGCUUGCCUACGAUCCAGACAACGACUGCAAAGGCAUCUUCAUGGAUUGGUUCCUAUUCCCGUCGUGCUGCGUCUGCAGAUGCAACCCGACCUGAGACGCGCUGCUGUUGCUGCUGCUGCUGCACCUCCACUCAACGGUCAUCAUCUAAUCUGAUUAUUAUCUGAUUACUCUUUGUUUAAUGUGGUGCCAAAACAGAUUUAGAUUUAAAUUAUUUUUAAUUCUUAAGCGCCAUACACACACACACGACAUAUACACAAACACACAUUGUUUAGUUACCUAAAACGUCUAGUUAUUUUUUAAGCGAAUUAUAUAUUAGGGUAAUUACUUUAUUUUUGAUCGGAACGAUUCAAAUUCAAAAGUUUAAUGUUUCUUCGCACAUUUAUUUAAAUCGUGUUUUCUUAAAAAGUGCAGGCUAUGUUUUGCUAAAAGGAAAAAUUGUCUAUUUUAACUUCGAUUUUAAGGUGAAGUUUUAUUAUUUUUUUUCUUUUCAUUUUUAGUUUGUCAUGCCUAGGAAGUGAACCACUUUUCCUACAUUCCUUUCUUCUCUCUAUGUACGCAUCUAUAUAUAUAUAUUAUUAUUAUUGUUUUUCUACACAAUCGGCGAUUGUCUUAUUUAUAAUUUGUAUUAUUAUAGUUGAAUUCUGUAGACUUUAUGAUGAGCGGAACGAAAGAAACAUUGUGCCAAUUUACACACACAUAAUACCGUUUAUUAAAUUUAAUAUGAAAAUUUA